AUGAUAAUCUUCCUGACCACUCGUGGAACCUCGAACUCCCUCCGGCCCCGCAAAUCCGCACAUCCCCAGGCCCCCUUGAAUCUUCUUUGCCACCAACCCAACCCCCUCCCAUCCCAAAGCGGAAAAUCGUCGAUUAGUUUGUUCCCCAACCCCGGCCCCUCGACAUUUCCCUGGACCCCCCGUCGGAAAGGGCCUCCAAUCUUUGCCACCGUAAGGUUUAAGCGCGGCCUCAAGCCUGGGUUCCCCCUCUCAGCUUCCAGCUUCUCAAGGCAUUCAUCCCUGCUAAUUGACUUUGCUCCCAGGGUUUCACCCUCAUUACCGCCCCCCGCCCCGGCCCUUAGCCACAAAAGGGGGCCAGAACUUCGGCGAAAUGACCUAUACCCGGGCCCCGGCUCCGUAUGGCCCCCUCCCCCGCCCUAUCCCCACCUCCCUGCACAUUUCUCAAACUCAUGCCAUCAGCAAGUGACUGCUGCCCCCGACGCCGCCGACCCGCGGGCCCCGCCGCCGCCCUGGCGCCCCUAG